AAAUACACUUGUUAUCAAUACUGUCAAUAUUGAACCUCACUCUUAGCAUUCCACUGGAUGGAUAAAUCUCAUUCAACCUCUACUUCAGAGAACUUCUGAAAGAUGGAAUUUCUAUUUGAACGUAUUGGGUACAGAUUAUUAUUCAAAUGAUUAUGUAGGAUUUUGUUUGGUAUCUCUUUGUUAAGAAAGUCUUGUUCCAUGAUGUAGAGUAUUGGAAGGUUAGGAGGAGGCAAACUCUCAGGAUCAAUGUUUUGUACAAGUUGUUUGACUGGUUGAGGAAUUGCUUUGCAUAUUUUAUUAAAUUCAGCUUUUUUGCAGGUAAUAUUAUGAAUGGAGCAGAAGUUUUCAUAUAACAGCCAGUUGCCCUGAUUAUCCAUAAGGCGGGCCAACCGUGGACAGAGAUUCUUACAAAGAAGAUAACUGGUUAAGUGAUGAACGCCAGUGUCAGGAAGCAAUAGCUCUGAUGAAGCACACAGCAGAUGAAUCGGUGGUAAAGGAGAGAUGAAGUUAACCCUGGUCUGUCGUCAGAAGAUUUUGCAUGACCCUGACAAGUCAUCUGACAUUCUAACCAUUUUCCCAUGAUUCAUGGACAUACCUGGUCUGAGUGAGCAGGAUUUUACACUUCUUUUUGGUGACUCAACCUCUGCAAAGCUGUUGGAGAAAUGGUCCACCAACAUAAAACCAAAGGUCAUUGCACAGAGCCGUGGCCUGACACAGACGAGGGAGCUCCAAGAGCUCGUCCAGAAUGCUGUCGCUACUGAAGUUGAAGAAGGUGACCUGGCGACUUGUCCAGGAUGUACCCUGCCUUUCCCCCGUAGUCAGCUGGGAUAGGCUCCAGCUUGCCUGCGACCCUGUAGAACAGGAUAAAGUGGCUAGAGAUGAUGAGAUGAGAUUUCUCCAGGCUGGGACAGUGACAUGUCCUCCAUUCUCUUGCUGGUCCACCUUCUACCACCUUCGAGUCAAGGGCGCAAAAGACCAGGGAAGAUUUCAGCUCGACAAGCCUGUGAUUGCCUAGCGAAAUUCAUCAAGACUGGUAUCAGCAUACAGGGCCAUUUGGAGGGCAUCACACAGAGUGUUAUAAACUCAUCGACGAACACGUGUGGAAGGGAUUUGCUAUGGAGCAGUAAGGUGGUACAGAUGGGUGACAAAUUAAAACCAAAAUGAAGUGUCUUAGUCGUGACGCCACCACGAGUCUCCAGAAUAUCUUCAGUGCUCCUUGCCAAGUCUGUGGAAGUGUAUUGGAGGGAUGAACUUUCCUCCACGUUAUUCCCUCAUUUAUAUACAACCUUUAUUUAAUCAGGUCAUUUCACUGAGAUCAAGAUUUAUUUUGUAAGAGAGACCCGAGUACAGCAGAGAGACCUCAGGGAGGGGAAUCUGAAAAACUAAAGCCUUUUGGAGGAUUUGUGCCUGUACUUUGUCGUCGUCCCCACACACACACUUUUCAAAUCAAAACUCCCCCCAGCCAAUUAACUUCAAAUUCCGUAUUUAAUUAGCUGUGUGUAUAUACAGAGCGAUUCUGCAUCUAUUUAGAAUGCAGACACUGUUGAGCCUCUGUGCUGUUGGAGUGAAGGUUAAUCAAAAGAAAGUUGAUUCCUUUUACGGUUGUAUUGGGUGUGUUGUUCUGACUACAAUCAGAAAAGAGUGUUGAAGUCCUCCUGAGUUAGUUUUGACAAGUUUGGAGAAGGUGAGUUGUGUUUAAUAGCCGUUUUCUUUUUGUAUUAUGAACAAAGGAAAAGUGCCGACCUACUGCUCAGGCCAGAGGACUAAAAGCGAACUUAAAGAUGCUUCAUUUUAACAUAUAAAAGCUGUACCUUGGAAAGUAAAAUGUAUCGUAUGAUAUUUUGCAGUUUAUGAAAAUAUUUCAACAUGAAAGUCGAGGUGACCACAGCGGUGACCUUCAUCACCGGAUUACUGAGAGGAAGAGGACCUCUGUCCGAAAAACAGCUCCAACACUUCAGCCGUUCUCUGGAAGAGGCGUUAGGAGAGCAUUAUGAGCACCACUGGUUCCCUGACGCACCGUUCAGAGGUUCGGGAUAUCGAUGCCUCAGAAUCAAUCGCAGGAUGGAGCCGCUAGUAGGGAAGGCUGCUUACACCAGUGGUCUCAGCAUGGAGCAGGUUCGCGCCCUCUUACCGUGUGAGCUGACAGUGUGGGUCGACCCCUACGAAGUGUCCUACCGGAUCGGGGAGAACGGGUCCAUAGGUGUGCUGUAAGAGUCCACACCACUGCCGCUGGAGACUCAUCUCAACUCUGUGAUGACCGUCUCCAGCUAAUCUCUCAGCACAUCUGGCCCACAUCUGUUUGACAUUUUAAACGAUGAUUUUAAUGACUGGUCUCGUUGCACGUAUAUAUCCAAUUUAUUGGAUUAUAUAAUCCAAUAAAUUGGAUAUGUUUUGGUUCAGUUCCUUAU